AUGAAAUACACUCUCAGGAUAUUUAAUGUGGAUAUUUUAUUCAAAGGCUCAUUAAGCAGUACAAUGUGCAAAAUACAUGAUUACUUGUUAACUGGAAGGAUUGAGCGCAAAGAAAUAUUUUACAAUAUUAGAAAUAACUCAAGCCUUUAUAAUAAAAACAUGAUUUUUAAAUAUGUGAUGGAUAUGGACAUUUGUGACAUGCUUAUUAAUACAGGAAAUAGUACACAUAAAAUAAAUAUUAUAAUAACAGCAGUUUAUUUGUCACACGUUCAAAUUACAUAUCAAAAUAACCAACAAAUAUUAUUUGCAGUUAUUACUAUAAUAAAUGUAUUACUGAAAAUUCAUAAAUUUUUUAUUCUAAGUAAACAUCUGGAACAAAUAAUAUAUGAAUGA